GUUGGUCCCCCGCCUGCUGCGUGCUCUUCCCCUCCCCCGCCUUGCUCCUGCUCUUUCUGCUCCUGCUGCUCCUUCUGCGUGUCUGCCUCCCACUGUCUACCCAUUGUACGUACCUUUAGUAGCUUCUUCGAGGAAGGUACCCACCCACGCCCAGCGCUUGCCUUGCUUUCCCACCUCAUUCGGUACGAACGUCCAAGUACCUUGACCUUGGGACGCUUCACUUUCAUGACUUCAGGGGACCAACCUCAGUGCCUCCCUGUCACGCCUGCCUGACGCGAACGUCCAACAUCCAGUCACUUGGCUUUAUUCACCCAACUUGGAACUCUGCACAAUCCGGCCACACCUCGUCACCCUUUCUUCUUCACACGACGACAACAAGCGCACAUGCGAAUUGCUCCCUUUGCGAUACCCAUUCAACUCUGUGCUAGAUACCACCAUUCCACCUCCAUUGUCUGGCUCUGGAGGUAACGCCCACCUACACACCCAACGACGAUACCCGAUAGUUUCCGCCCUUUAACUACCGUCCACCACGAAGCGGCCCCAAAUCAUCUCUGCCCGAAACGUAUCUACUGCCUACGAGCAACCGGUUACGAGCUCAUCUCGGUCCGAACAUCGACACAUAUAACGUCGACGGCUUCCGCUAUCGACCUCAUCGACACCCGUUCGGUUUAUCCCAGACACCAACGUCAACUAGCAGCCAUGGCGCAAGCACCGCGUCCUACCUUCAUCAACCUCCCUCCUCCCACCUCCAACCCGGAUACUCCAUCUGAGAUGCCCGGCACCCCCACGAGCGCCACGACCUCCCUCUCUGCCCUCUCGACCACCGCUAUUAAAGAUGGUCACCGAGGCCACUUUCCCCAGGGUCCCGCCGGUGUCCGCGGCCACGCCCACCACCCCUCUACAACGAGCCUCGAGGCCGAGCGCGCCGACAGAAUCUCCCGUCUCGCCGGUCUAGAGCGAGUCUCGACUCUACGCGCUCCGCCGCACCAGCAGAAUGCCGGUUCCUCAAUCUCUCCUCAGACGACCCCCACCUCCACCGGCUUCCCUGCCAACUACCCGCCCAACACGCACCUCACGCCCGCAUACUUUGACGCCCAUGGCCAACCCACCGCUGUGACUAAGAUGAGCACUGUCGGUACUGCCAGCGCGACUGAAAGCUAUGUCGGUGAUGACAACGAGACACGCACCGCACCUGGCGAGCAGGACGAGGAUAUGUUCAGCAUGGAUACCAACUACCGCGAGGCCGACUCCGUUACCAGUAUGGGCGCCGAGCCUGAACGCAUGGACGAGGACCAGACGGCUGGGUCCACCGGAGGCUAUGACGACCGCAUGAGCGACGAUGGAUCCGCCAGCCUCGUUGGUUUCGGCGAGGGCGCCAACAGCACCGUGUCUGGUCCCAUUUACCAGCGUCGCCCCAUUCCUGGAGUCGCUGGCCAGGCUGGUAUCUGGGGUCUGGAGCGAAGUGCCUCUGGUCUGAGUGACGGCCUGCCGACGCAGCGGGCCCGUGACGUCACAAUGGGCGGUGAUACUCCCACCAGCGCGGCCGCAAUGCAGGAAAGACGGGAUGCGAGGAUGAUGGAUGGUACGACCAAUGAUGGUGCCGGUGUACCUAGCGACGAAAUGUACGUCGACACCACCAACAAGCCACCUGUCCCUGCUUCCCAGCUCCCCCAGCAAUCUUCACAAGCUAACCCCGCCACGACGCCAACAGCUCGUGAUACUGCAGAGCGUCUUCUUAGGGAGCGACUUGAUGGGGGCGAGGCGCGCGUAGGUAACACCGCGCUUGGUAGUCCCCAGGGUGGCGGCGACAAGCUCGGCAAGUUCUACUUUGAGGAGCGGAAAUGAGGCCCACCGAGUUCUUUUUUUAAUUUGAUCAAGUAGGCGAAGACAGAGGUACGCGGAUGAUUAUAUACGGUUCAUGACGUUGGGAAAUAACUUUGGGAAGAAAACUGGCGGGCUAAAGACUCCGCCCGCAUGAUUUUGACGGGUUUGUUGCCGGGAUUGGAAUUGAUUUGGCCGGGUUAUGAAUGCCCUAGGUUCGACUAAGACAAUGCGAGCUACUGAUUAUGAGUUGUCGUGUUUGAUUCUGAAGUGACGGGAGACUGGAGAUAGGCAAUGGUUCAUGUUUGUGUCGUAAACCCAUCCAGGACUGGAAAAUUUGAGGCAUGCAGCUUUUGCCUACAGACGCAUUGUUCAUGAAACUGAGAGGUCUGGCAGCGGCAUCUGGCCAAGUCGAGAUGCGAGUAUCAAGGCACUGCAUUGCCGAGGAAGUCCAAUAUGAGCAACAUUGGCGUGGGGCCUGCUACUCAGCGCGGACCCCCGACCCGGUGGCGUAAAUAGUUCAGUCGGCACCCCGUGUGCGGGAUCGGUGUCGGGGCCGGCCGUGCGAUUCGAGCCCCGCACCUGUUCGAUCCUGCGGGAGACUCUACGCAGUAGGCGUUAUUGGAGGCAGAGGUGAGUUACGGG